AUGGCAGCGUGGCAAAUGAGACAGAAGGAAACAUUGAUUAUAGCCGGGAGUUGGGGAGGUGGUGCCGCCUGGUGGCCUUCCUCCCAACCAAAGGCUGACCGGCGCAGCGACGCUAGAGCCACCUUCAGCCGCUCGAGGGCAACAGUCAAUCAGUUGCCAAGCUUCAAGGAGCUCUAUCAUGGGGGCUGUCCCUAUCUUCCUGGCUGCCUACCUCCUCUCCCUGGCACAGGUGAGUACUUCUUGUCUCUGCUCUAA